UGAAGACAAAAACAUUGCUUUUUGAAGCUAUUUUUUACUUAUUUUUCCAUUAAUGAUAUAUACACAAUGACAGCAUCAUCAGGUGGCCAGAAGGGACUUUCCCUGACAGUUGAACAAAUUCAGGAUGAUGAAGUGAUGCAUCUUGCAAGUCAGUUCUGGUCUCAGCAGGCUAUGAAAGAUGGAGUUAAUUACAAGCCAGAGAUUGUUGAAGACAUUUACAAGAAAGAGAUGCUUGGAUCACGAUUCUCUACAAGAAGAAUCAUGAUGCUGGAAUUCAGCCGUUACCUGGAAAACUAUUUAUGGUUGAACUAUCAUCCUGAAAAGGCCAGCCAUGGACAUCUGGUAUCGAUUGCUGUGAUGGUGAACGAGAAGAUCCGUGAACGGGUUCCAGCCUGGGAUGCCUUCAAGUCUCACCCGGAGCACUUCCCGGCCUAUUUCCACCGAGUUCUGAAAACCUGCCUUCGAGAUGACGGAAUCAUUCUACACGAGAAGGCCAUCCUCAUUGUCUUUCUUAUCCACUGCUUCAACAGUCUCGAGAUGGAUUUAAUUCGAGAACAAAUUCAAAAGUUGGUUUCCUUACCAAUCUGGACUAACCUGUUGCCUGGGCGACGUGAUGAGUUGUUUAAAGCCAACCCAAAGUACAAGAAGUUCUUCAAUGCGAUCAAGAAGAAUGAUGUCAAGCUGAGUGAAGAACAGAAACAGAAAGUCAACUUUGAGAGAGGAUUUCUGUCCAACCUUAUUAAUGUGUAUCUUAGAAUUUUGGACUCCAUUCCUGCUACAGGCAAGGGUUUCAAAGACAAGAUCUAUUACUGUGAACGUUUCCUGGAGCUGAUGAUCGACAUUGAGGCACAGCUUCCGACACGGCGGUUCUUCAAUGUCUUGAUGGACAGCACUCACCUCAUUGUUCGCAGCAAGCUGUCCAAGCUGAAAAACAGAGAGGAUGGAACUCUGUUUGGAGAGCUGCUGGACAUUCUUCAAGUGUAUGCUGGUUUUGAGAUCAAUGAACAGACUGGCGAAGCUCUGACAGUACAUGAAAGACUAGAUCUCCAUUAUGACAGAGUUAUCAGACUCCAGAAAGUGGUAUUUAAACAUUUUCCAGACUUGCAGAAGUUUGCCAUUUCCAAUGUAGCCUCUGUUGACACCAGGGAAGCCUUGAUGAAAACCUUUAAACCGCUGAGUAACUUCGACUUGCACAGACUUCUUGCUUUUCUCAACUGUCUCCCACUACUUGAAGAAGGCCAGAAGGACGUGUUUGACUCAGAAUUUAUGCUGGAAUUAUUGAUCAGUAAACACGAGAGGAAACCUUCACAGCUGGAGGCGAUGAAUGAGCUGCCACUGUAUCCGACCGAGGACAUCAUCUGGGAUGAAAACAUCGUGCCCACUGAAUACUUCUCCGGAGAAGGAUGUCUAGCUCUGCCGAAACUGAAUCUUCAGUUCCUGACCCUUCAUGACUAUUUACUGAAAAACUUCAACCUUUUCAGACUGGAGUCAACUUAUGAAAUCAGACAGGAUAUGGAAGAUGCAGCAACCCAUUUGAAACCUUGGCAAGCUGAAGAUGGCCACUGUAUGUUUGGUGGGUGGGCCCGCAUGGCACAACCUCUUGCAGCAUUCAGUAUUGUGGAGGUUGCAAAGCCACGGGUUGGCGAAAAUCAUCCUGCUCAAGUCCGAGCCGAUGUCACUGUCAAUCUCAGCAUUAGACCGGAAGUGAAAAACGAGUGGGAAGGACUGCGGAAACAUGAUGUAGCAUUUCUAAUCACACUGAGGCCGACAGUGAAGAUCGGAUACCAGUAUAAGUACAAGGAGCCGUUCAUCCCACAGGUUGGCUUGACCUAUGUGCGAGGAUGUGAGAUAGAGGGCAUGCUGGAUGACACAGGCAAGGUUAUUGAAGAAGGCCCAGAACCAAAACCUGAACUAACUGGUGAUACAAGAACAUUCCGUGUGUGGCUGGAUCCCAACCAGUACCAGCAGGAUAAUGCCAGGGCAAUAGAUGGGCAAGAGGAUGUGUAUGAAUCGUUUAACGUGAUAAUGCGCCGGAAGCCGAAGGAGAACAACUUCAAGGCCGUGCUGGAGACAAUCCGCGACCUCAUGAACACUGACUGCGUCGUGCCUGACUGGCUCCAUGACCUCAUUCUGGGCUACGAGGACCCGCACGCGGCACAUUACUCGAGAAUGCCAAACACGAUCUCGAAUCUCGACUGGAACGACACGUUUCUUUCCCUCGCUCACCUCAAGUCAUGUUUCCCUGAACACAAGAUUGAAUUCACAACAGAGGAUCCUUUGAAGCAGAUUCCACCUUUCAAACUAAAGUUUUCUGAAGAAGCGGCUGAAACUAAAAGGAAAGAAGGAGAAGACAACCCAUCAGCACCUGUCAGUAAAAUUCUCACUGUGGAGCCACACGUGAUCCCAAACAGAGGACCCUAUCCCUACAACCAGCCCAAAAAGAAUUCCAUCCCGUUCACCCCAACACAAACGGAGGCUAUUCGAGCUGGGAUGCAGCCCGGGCUGACCAUGGUGGUCGGUCCACCGGGUACGGGGAAAACAGAUGUAGCCGUGCAGAUCAUUUCCAACAUCUAUCACAACUUUCCUGAACAGAGGACGCUCAUUGUGACGCAUUCCAACCAGGCCCUGAAUCAGCUGUUUGAGAAGAUCAUGGCUCUCGAUAUAGACGAGCGUCAUCUGUUACGUCUCGGUCAUGGAGAAGAAGCUCUGGAGACAGAAAAAGACUUCAGCAGAUAUGGGCGAGUGAACUAUGUGUUAGCCCAGCGACUGGAACUGUUACAGGAAGUGGCACGAUUACAGUCGAGUCUUGGAGUCACGGGUGACAUGUCGUACACCUGUGAGACAGCCGGCUACUUCUUCCUGUACCAGGUUUUGUCCAGAUGGGAAGAAUUCAUGAGUAAAAUCAGAACUGUUAAAGACAAGGAAAAAGCUGUCUCCAAAGUCAAGGAGUUGUUUCCCUUCAUGACCUACUUUGACAACGCUCCACAGCCUGUGUUUAAAGGCAGAACCUACGAAGAAGACAUGGAUAUUGCUGAAGGAUGCUUUAGACAUCUGAAAAAAAUCUUCACACAGUUAGAGGAAUUUCGACCGUUUGAACUUCUCCGCAGCGGAGCAGACCGAGCUGAUUAUUUGCUGAUAAAGGAAGCGAAGAUCAUUGCGAUGACCUGCACACACGCGGCACUGAAGAGACGAGAUCUUGUCUCGGUCGGAUUCAAGUUUGACAACAUUCUGAUGGAAGAAGCUGCACAGAUCCUCGAGAUUGAAACCUUCAUACCACUGCUGUUACAGAAUCCUGAGGACGGAAACAACCGCCUGAAGAGGUGGAUCAUGAUAGGUGACCACCAUCAGCUGCCGCCCGUAAUCAAGAACAUGGCCUUCCAGAAGUUCUCCAACAUGGAGCAGUCUCUCUUCACGCGCUUCGUGCGGCUUGGGGUGCCCACCAUCGACCUCGACGCUCAGGGCAGAGCCAGGGCUAGUUUGGCAAGCCUCUACAACUGGCGGUACAAGAAGCUGGGCAGUUUGCCUCAUGUUCUCAAUCGUCCUGAGUUCCGAAUGGCGAACCCAGGAUUCGUGUAUGACUACCAGCUGAUAGACGUGCAGGACUUCAAUGGAGUGGGAGAGUCGGAACCAAACCCAUACUUCUACCAGAAUUUAGCAGAGGCUGAGUAUGUGGUAGCGACAUUCAUGUACAUGCGUUUACUUGGCUACCCAGCUGAGAAAAUCUCAAUUCUGACGACCUACAACGGACAGAAACACUUGAUCCGUGACGUCAUCUACCAGAGGUGUGGAGCAAACCCAUUUAUUGGACGACCAAACAAGGUGACAACAGUUGACAGAUAUCAGGGUCAGCAGAACGACUACAUACUUCUCUCUCUGGUUCGCACGAAGACUGUCGGACAUCUCAGAGAUGUUCGCCGUCUGGUGGUAGCCAUGUCUCGGGCACGUCUUGGCCUCUACAUAUUUGGGCGUGUGUCACUUUUCAGCAACUGCUUUGAAUUAACUCCGGCUUUCAACAGGCUCUGUUCUCGGCCUCUGCAGAUCCAGUUAGUACCAUCUGAGUUGUAUCCAGCUAAACGGAAGAUCCAGGAUCCACCACACCAGAAUCCAAUUGUGAUCCACGACAUGUGUCAGAUGGCUCAGUUUGUGUUCGACUUCUACAACUCCAGGAUAAACGACCUCAUGAUACAGAGAGGAUUUAACAGGCCAACACUUCUGAAAGAGCCACCUAAGGCACGCAAGCCUUGACAGUGAUGACAAAAUACAGGGACCAUAUGUGCAUAUACUGCAGAUUCUUUUUAGUGAAGAAAGAAUAAGUUAAAAAGGACUGCAUUAUAGAAACAGGAUGUUUAAAGAACAGUCGAAGCUGUAUGAGUGCAGUAUAAAAACUGGAAGUUAAAAGAAGUUAUUGCUUUUUGAGAGCAGUAUAAAAAUGGAACUUAAAAGACACCAGUGCUUUUUGAGUGCAGUAUGCAGUAUAAACACUGGAAAUAAAGAAUGUGCUUUUUGAGUGCAGUAAAAAUAUUGGAAGUGAAAAGACUCAGUACUUUUGAUGGGAGUAUAUAUAUUAGAAAAUAUAAACUGAGUUGGUGCAUUUUGAGUGCAGUAUAAAAACUGGGAAUUAAGUGAAGAGGUGGGUGCAUUUUGAGUGCAGUAUAAAAACUGGGAGUUAAGUGAAGAGUUGGGUGCAUUUUGAGUGCAGUAUAAAAAUGGGAAGACUUGUAUUCCAUGAAUCACACUUUAGGAACCAGCCAGUAGGAGCAAAAUGGGAUUUUGCUGCUUUUAAUAUUUGUUAAUAACAGCUAUGAACUAGGUACAAGUUACUAGUAACAUACAUUACAGAAAUAGUUCAAAAUAUUGUUUGUAUAUGUCCAGCUGAAUUCUUUUGUGCGAAAUGUCUACUUCACUGGCUAUGUACAAGGUGGUUAGCCAUCAGUCUUGCAAACUCAUGUCAUGCACUCUGUUCCUUCCUAGUUCAGUGAAAAUGUUUACGUCACCCUUCGUAUGUGCUAAGUUCACUGAAACACAUUAUAUAAAAAACCCAUAGGAUACUACCUGAUUCCCAUUUUGUGUAUAGUUUGUCCCUCCUGAAAUACUUUUCACUUGGGCAUAACAUAAACUUGAUAUGAAAUGCAAGCUCAUUUAAUAACCUGUAGAGAUAUGUUUUACAGAUAUUUAUUGCAUGAAAAAUAUGUGAGAAAAUUGCUUAAAAGACCCAUGCUUCUCUAAGAUAGUGAUACAUUUACUUUAUCCUGUUUUUGAAAAAUUGUUACCAUUAAAUUUUUGUUAACAUACUUGUCAUACACAAAUAUGUACUGAUAUUUUUGUAAAAAAACCCCUUUUUUGUAUCAUGAACAUUGUGAAUACCAUACUAUUUUGAAAAUGUUUGUUUUAUAUACUGUAAAUCAGAAAAUGUUAGUGAGCAUAAUAUUUUAAGGAAUUUAGCGAGGCUAUACAAGACACUAUUAUUUCAUGAUGCUAAAGUUAAAGAGACGUAGAACUUUUUCUAUUGAUUAAAGCAAAAGGAUAGCAAAUGACAAUAGUUAGUUCGUAUGCACAUUACUGAUAUUUUCUAACAAACUUAAGUUGUUUGUAAGAUGCAUAAUGUCAAAUUUUGUCCAAAAUAUUAUUUCAGAUGAUCCUACAACUUCAGCUUGUUCUUUUUUUCAAUUUCUGAUAUGACGAUCUCACUAAAAUUUUGUCGCUAACAUGCCAUUUGUUUGGCUUUCUCAAAAUUUUUAAGAUCACUAAUAUUUUAUGCUUUACAGUAUUAAAAGCUACCUAUUUCAUAUUUCUAUGUAUAUGCUGUAAAUAUUUUCAGUAAAUAAACAUGUACACUGAUAA